AUGGACGGACCACAGCAGAACGAGUCACCGCCGACGCGACAGUCCACGGACGGCGGGAUCGUGGCGAAGUGGCUGUGGCGAAAGUGCAGGGAGCUCGAUCGGCAACUCUGCACCGCACCGGCCGCCGCCUUUCUUCCCUGCUCGCCUGACGCCGCCUUUCUUCCUUGCUCCUGCUCGCUCGCUGCUACUCUGCUCCUGCCUCCUGCUCUCCUCACCUGCACGGCUGCAGACCUGCUCGGUGCUCGCAGCUCAUUGCCGGUCUGUCCUCACCCCGCCAAGGCGCCAAACGAGUCGCUGGCCCUCUGCAGACAGCAGACCGACAAGGUUUCAGUUUCAGCACUGUCGCUCGCUGCUGUCAGCUGUGGACAACUGGCAAUGGUUGGAAAUAAGAAGGGAAAGAAUAAGGCUUCACAAAAAGAUUUGAAGAGCUAUUUUAGCCAAGGUUCCAGUGGCUCAAGUCUAAGUACUCAUGGCAGCGGCGUAGUUGCUAUUGUAGAAGAUGUGCCUUUAGAAGAAAAUGUAUUGCCAUCUGUAGAACAUGAUGAAGAAGAAGAACAAGUUCAAGAAGGUAUAACUGACUUCAACCCGAAUCACAUUAUUUCUGGUCCGGGUCUUCGUAUUCCAAUCGAAAGAUUUUAUGCAAAUAUUAGAGAUGAAGUUAGGAGAGCUUUUAUAGCUAAAGGUCCAACCCAACCAACCGGUCAUAGAUUUCCUCCAUCAAGUGAUAAAAGGAGCUUUCAGAAAAAGUGGUUUAGUCAAUAUAGUUGGUUGGAAUAUAGUGUGGAGAAGAAUAAGGCAUAUUGCUUCUAUUGCUACCUUUUUAAGAAUGAUCGAAUGGAUGACAAAUUUGGUUAUGAUGCCUUUACAAAAGCUGGGUUCUCACAAUGGAAAAAUGCUUAUCUUGCACUUCCAAAACAUGUUGGUGGGCCUAGUAGCAUACACAAUGUUGCAUCAACAUCAUUUCAUGAUUUUGAUAACCAAAGGUCAAGCAUAAAACAUAAGGUUUCAAGUUAUAGCAAAGAUGCAUUGAUCAAAUGA